UCUUCACCCUGUUUUUAUAAAUGUUGCUUGUAACAUCCCAUAAUACCGGUUUGCCCUGGUACAUAAUAAUUAAUUCCUCGAUUUCGGCUUUUAACCACUCUUUUUUAACAUCAGCCAUAUUUGCACGACACUAAAUUUAAUCGCCAGAAAUGUGUGUGUCGAACGAGUUUGACCUUCCAACUAAACAGCGUUUGCACCUACUGAUAAUAAGUGUCGACACAAAUAGCUGACAGUUGAAAUAAAUAUCUCUGACAUAAAUUCUUUUCCAUUUACAUUAGUCACAAUUUCUGUCAGACACAAAUAUCAUGCAAUAUGUAUCAGGUCUAAACGUACCUUAACGCAUUGAAUUCAAGGCGGGUCCCCAUGUGCGCAAUCUUCGCGUAAGCGUAUGGCGUUCAGCGAUAUGAUUGGCUUUCGUGAACAUAUCAUUACGCGUCGCCAUAUUUGUUAUGCUGUCAAAAUUUGCGCUUCGGAUACGCCACAAAGUUGACUUGCUUUCUACUUUUUUGCGUAACGUAACCGCGUAACUACGGUGUUUUAGGUUAUAUUUUUGGAGUUUUUUUUCAUAUUUUUUUGUAGUUAAACGUAAAUAGCAUUUUUGUUUAUUUAUGUUCAAGUGAUGAACGAUUAUGGAUCAGAUGUACAAGUGUGGAUAUUGCGGGUUUUUUCUCAAUUCAUUCUGUGAGAACUUGCUCGAACAUGACUGUCUCCUAAAUAUAUUCGUGGAAGGUGAACAUGAUUUAGUAGAAGACAACAAAAAGGUUUUGACUAUUGUGGAAAAAGGAACAAGUACAGUGGUAGGGUCCAGUUCCGUCACGAAAGAUGCCCCAACAGAGUCAUUUGAGGAGCUUCUUAUAACAUAUGUGCAGGAUCGUCCAGCUCUGUACAAUAUCACUCUUCCUUUGUCAGAACGGACAGUAGGAAAAAAGAAUGCCCUUUGGAUGGAGGUAUUCAAUCUUUUUGGAGGAAAGUAUACAAUAGAAGACCUCCAGAAAAAAUGGAAGUACUUGAGGGACUGCUAUAUUAGAGCAAGGAAAAAAGUAACACAAUACAUUCCAAGUGGUUCUGGUGCUUUGCAAAAAGUUGAUCCGGGAUUUAGGCACUAUGCGCUAAUGACCUUCCUUAAUGAUGACACUACUAGCACUCAAAGGACUGUCUGUUCAGUCCCAGACAUUGCCAUCGCAGGUCCAAAUGGAAUCACUCCAACCCCAAGCCCGAUGACAUCUCCUGACAUUUCUAGGGAAAGCAUUCGUCCGAUACCAAAGAGAAGAAAAACUGACCAUUCGAAAGAUCUAGAAAAAGAAAUUUUGGAAGCGGUAUCCGCCCCAAUUAAACUAGAUGGUGUGUAUGGAUUUCUACUGCGUCUCGGUGAAAGUCUGCGAAAGUUGCCCUACAGAGAGCGAAGCAAAUUAGAAAUUUAAAUUAUACAACUUGUGUAUGAGACUGAAGUGAAUUUGGGCGAUAACCAAUAAUAAAAUAUAGUUGUAUUUUUAUAA